AUGAACAGACAGUCGGUGAAUAAACUCAGAGAAAUGUUGAAUGGACGACAGAAACUUGGAGCACAGUGGAAAGAGGAAUCUAGAGCAGUAACGCAGACAUUUGAGCAAACAGUGAAUGAGUUGAGACAAGAGAUUAACAAGCAGAAACGAAGGAAUAAUGAACUGAAUGGCCAGUUGAACGAGGAGAGGCAGUUGAGAGUAGAUGCAGCAAGCUCUCAGGUAACUACACUUUUAAAUCGUGAGAGGCAACUUUUACAAGAAAGAAAACUCCUCAACCGCGAAUUCGAGAGGCUCAAAUUAGAAGAGAGUCGGCCUGGGUACAACAGAAUCCGGGAACCUCCUCAAAGACUUUCGGACUUGUUAAGCACUGCAAACACUGGAGCUUCUGCUCAUGAGCCUGCAGUUCGUUUGGACCUGAUGUCUCCAAGGGAUGAUGGGUAUUUGCGAGAACUUGACGGUAUUGGAUCCAGAACAAGUUACAACGGAAUUUCAAGAGAUAGAGUUAUACUUUGA